AUGAACAAAAACGGAACAGCUAAAAUGAAUGAUAAUCAAAUUAGAGCAGAAGGUAGAAGGUUAUUUAAACGCUUCUAUAACAUUCCUGAUGGUGUUAAUCCUAAAACUCGUAGAAGCUAUUUAAAUGAAGCAAUAGAUGCAUAUGAAGGGUUUGACAUUUCAUCAGAAAGUGAGAGAUUAGCGAGAAUGUUAAAUGUUAAUAUUGAUUUCUAUUAUUGUGAUCCUCAACCAGAAGACGUGGACAUAAAUAAGGUAGAAUUUCCAUUAGUGGAAUCAAUAAUGAUAGAUCCAGAAUUUGAAACAGUAAAUAUUUUAUUAACACAGAGUCCAUGUGGAAAACUUCACGCUGACAGAAUAACAGACGUUGAAGCACUCACCGGCUAUAAAGUUUGUCCAUAUUGUAAAGAAGAAGUUUAUUCUAUCCGUGAUGAUCCAGAAAGGAAAAACCAAAGAAGAUUUUUAAAGCAUUGUGAGAAAUGUAAAGAAAAUAAUGGAAGAUUAAUUCAAGACGUUCAAUUGCAAAAGACCCAGCAACCAUAUGCACCACAUAUUACGAAACAGAAGAUAUAUCAGUGGUUAUUAGCUCACAAUUUGCAGAAAUAUUAUAAACCGACAAGAUAUUAUAUUACUUUUGACUUCGAAACAUUAGAGACUAAAGAAGAAUUACAACUUUCUGAGUGUGCAACUUUGAACGCUUACUUAAAACCAUUCAUGGUAUCAUCAACAGUUAAAUUAAAUGAUAAAACGUAUACGAGGAAUUUUUGCUUAACUUCGAGUGAUUCUUUUAUUUCUGAUUGGAUUGAGUUUUUAUUUUCAACCUGUUCAUUAGUUGUUGAAUCAAAUAUUGAACAAUAUGAAGAAUUAAUGAAGCCGCAAACGGCGGGGACUUUGUCCCAUACAUUAAAUGAAAAACAGAAGGAAGCAUUUAAAGAACUUCUAGAUGAGGAAUUCAAUAAAGUGAAUAUCAUAGGUUUUAAUUCGGGAAAGUUUGAUUUAAAUUUAAUUCUUCGUGAUUUAAACACUGCAAAAUGGAAAAUAAAAUCAAUGCUGGGUUCAUCUUCACAAUUUAAGCAAGUCAUUGUAAAGAAAACAAACGCUCCAUAUGAAUUGAGAUUUAUUGACAUCAGAAAUUAUAUAGCGGGUGGGACAUUAGACCAAUUCACUCAAGAUUUCGGAAACAAUAAAUCACGUGUUAAAUCCUUUUUCCCUUAUCAAUUUAUCACAUGGGAGAAUUCCGAAGAAGAAUUAUAUAAAGAGGAACCAUUCACGAAAGAUUCAUUUUAUUCAGCAUUAACUCAAGAAACUAUAUCAGAUAGUGAUUAUCAAAUAUAUCUCAACGAUGCUAAAAAUUUUAAGAAUAGAUUAGAAUAUUUUAUUCAUUAUUGCAAUAAAGAUGUUGAAAUUAUGAUUGACCCAAUCGAUAAAAUUAUUGAAGAAACAUUUGUUUAUAA